AUGCCCAAACGAAAGGCCGUCUCCAAACUGUCAGGUUUGGUUAGCUCCGACGAUGAAGAUCUGAUGCAAUUCUCUGAAAAUGAGACUGUCCCACAACAAGCGCCUCAAGACGAGCCUCCCGCAAAGAGACGGAGAGGCCGACCACCAAAUUCAUCUGAUGAUAAGGCCCCUGCAAAAGGUCCUUCUGCGCCAGCAAAACGACAGGCGCUCCCUGAAAUAGCCACUGAAGAACACCUGGAAGAAGCACCGGGGCCCUCAAAGCCAGUUGGUCGUCGCGGUCGACCCCGCGCAGCCAGUCGCGACCCGGAAAUGGUCGCAUCGCAGACACGGGCUGCCACGAAAUCCAAAGCUCCAGAUCCCGUACAUGAAGGCGAUGAAGACGGGUCCUCAGCUGCCUCCGAAGAAGAGAAAUAUGAGAAGACAACAAGAGCUGGCAGAUCUGCAGCGACGGCAGCACGUGGGCGGGGAAGAGGUCGAACGGCAAGCGUUGCCAGGCCUUUGCAAAUGGACGGAGAAUUUGAAUACACACCCACCCGUGCGAUCACACAAAAAGAAGAGAGGUUAUCUGUAAAGGGUCAAGCGCAACAAACCGAUGGGGCCGCCGACGAUCUUGUAGAGGAAUCUAUGCUGGAAAGCGAGCAGCAACCUAAUGCUCAUGGGGCAUCAUCCGCGGUGCAUAACGCUAGGGCGCGACUUGCCUCGCUGAAAAAUCGCGAUUUUUCUCCAAGUAAGCGGAAAUCCGGGGCUUCAAGUGAACACGGUGGUGAUCCAGAGUUGAGACGUAAGAUUGGUGAGAUCACCAAGAAACACGAUGCGCUGGAAUCCAGGUACCGCAAUUUGCGGGAAAUUGGGCUUGUAGAAGCGAACUCCAACAUGGAGAAACUCCGCAAACAAUGCGAGAGCAUCACUACUGCAUCGAACGAACUCAUUGCAUCGCUCAGGUUAGAGCUGGACGCACAGCGAGCUCUUGGCCUUCAGAGUCGUACUUUACAAAAGCAAUUGAAGGAUCGGGAUGCAGAAUUGUCUCGACUUCAAGUGCAGGCAGAUGAGGCACGGUCUCAACUUGCCUCAUCCCAAUCCGAAAUCAAGGCAUUGCAAACAAAACUCGCCGCUGCACGCAACACGGCCGCUAGCCUAGAAGCAAGCAAGGUUCCUGGAAGUGCCAUGAAGGGAGGCCUCGCCAACCGUGCCUCAGCAGCUGCGAGUGCUGAGGCUGCCCAGGUAGCCCAGUUGGCCCAGUUGAAGGAGGAUCUGUACACAGAUUUCACUGGGUUAAUUAUCCGGGACGUCAAGAAUCGGGAGACCGAUCAUCUAUACGAUUGCAUCCAGACUGGUGUCAACGGGACCCUUCACUUCAAGCUUGCCAUCCCCAAGGUUGCCAGCUCGGAAUACGAGCAGGCCGAAUUUCAGUACCUGCCUUUGCUGGACCCGAGCCGUGAUCGCGAACUUGUCAACAUUCUACCCGACUUCCUGACGGUGGACAUCACUUUCAAGCGCGAGCAGGCUUCCAAAUUCUAUACGCGGGUGAUCGAUGCUCUCACAAAGCGCCGGGCGAGCACAUCCUAA